UUCUUCUUCUGGUGGUGGAAAGCCCUAAUUACUGCGAUUGCUGAUGGACCUUGGAAAGAAGGCUGCACUGGUGCCCCGCUCCGCAGUCGGACACACUCAGCCCGCGCCGGACAGAGCGGCUGCUCGCCCGCCGCCCCCCGCCAGCUCCGCGGGCCCCCGCGCUCCCCCGGCAGCCGCCGCCGUCCGCUGCUUGGGAGGAUACCGCCCGGCUCCUGCGAUCCAGGAUUUUACUUUCGCCUCGCCCUUUCCCCUUCUGCUCUGCUUGGAUUACUUGGCUGCUCUCGCUCGCUGAACCCGCGGCAAUGGAGAAAUCCACUGCAGUAUUAAUCCAAGGAGGUGCUUUGGGGACAGUUGGCAGUACAAUGGCUUCUCAGUACCUCAUAGUGGCUCUGGCCAUUUUCUCCUCUUUUACCCAGGUUGUAAUAGAAGCCAGCUCGUGGUGGUCUUUAGGGAUGAACCCAAUGAACCCCAUGAACCCUGUUCAGAUGUCAGAGGUGUAUAUAAUAGGAGCCCAGCCACUAUGUAGCCAGCUAGCAGGGCUUUCCCAAGGACAGAAGAAACUUUGCCAAUUGUAUCAGGACCAUAUGCAGUUCAUUGGAGAGGGUGCAAAGACGGGCAUUAAGGAGUGCCAGUAUCAGUUCAGACAUAGAAGAUGGAACUGCAGCACUGUGGACAACAACUCUGUUUUUGGCAGAGUCAUGCAGAUAGGCAGCCGGGAGACGGCGUUCACCUACGCGGUGAGUGCGGCUGGGGUGGUCAACGCCAUGAGCCGUGCCUGCCGGGAGGGCGAGCUCUCCUCUUGUGGCUGCAGCCGAGCAGCACGGCCCAAGGACUUACCCCGGGACUGGCUUUGGGGUGGCUGCGGGGACAACAUCGAGUAUGGAUACCGCUUUGCCAAGGAGUUUGUUGAUGCCCGGGAGCGGGAGAGAGUUUAUCAGAGAGGCUCCUACGAGAGCGCCCGCAUCAUGAUGAACCUGCACAACAAUGAGGCUGGGAGAAGAACCGUGUACAACCUGGCUGACGUGGCCUGUAAGUGCCACGGCGUCUCCGGUUCCUGUAGCCUGAAGACCUGUUGGCUGCAGCUCGCCGAUUUCCGCAAGGUAGGCGAUGCCCUGAAGGAGAAAUACGAUAGCGCUGCCGCCAUGAAACUCAACAGCAGGGGCAAGCUGGUGCAGGUGAACAGCCGCUUCAACCCACCCACCAUCCACGACCUGGUCUACAUCGACCCCAGCCCCGACUACUGCGUGCGCAACGAGAGCACUGGCUCACUGGGCACCCAGGGCCGCCUUUGCAAUAAGACCUCGGAGGGCAUGGACGGCUGUGAACUCAUGUGCUGCGGGAGGGGGUAUGACCAGUUCAAGACGGUGCAGCGGGAGCGCUGCCACUGCAAGUUCCACUGGUGCUGCUACGUGAAAUGCAAGUUGUGCACAGAGAUCGUGGACCAGUUUGUCUGCAAAUAGUGGACGGAUUAGGUGGGGAGGAACUGCGGCCGCCUGCCAGAAAAGUGGUGCGGGCCCCCUCUCCCUUUCCACAGGACUAUCUCCACUUUUUAUUUAUAGAGUCCAAUGAGUUGAUGUCUUCAAAAAGAAAAAAAAA